CCCAGACUAGUCCCAGGUCUCAUCACACCAUGGAGAUGGGUUUUCUUAGGAUCCAACUGGGAUCUUUUCCCACACACACAAUUUAAGGCUUGGUCUUGUUCCCAAAGGGAUAUGGAGAACAGACUAUGUCCUUCCUUUGCACAACUGCCUCUUAAGUGCUUAAAAAUUGCUCCUGCAGCUUCCCCUCAGCUGGUUGCUCUUUAAAGGGAUGGCCCUGCUCCUCCAGCUGGCUCCUGUGGAGCUGUGCAACUCCACACCCUUCCCACCCUGGCCAGCUGGCACCUCCCAGCACUGUGCUGAGCCAUCAGGUAACUUCCCACAUCUGGCAAAGUGAUCGCUGUUUGACCAGCCUGCUCAAACAUGUGCUGCUGGGGUGAUCCUCACAUGCCCAUCCCUCGAGGGUCACCUGGACUCUGUGCUGCACCCUCCUGGAGGAGCUGCUGUCCCAGGCUUCAGUGCCUCACUGCUGUUUGUUACCGAGAGUGGUUGGGCUUCGCCUCUGCUGGCUUCAGCUUGCUCAGCCCUGGACAUGCCAUCCAACUGUCUGUCCCUCCAUCUUCUGCGGUCCCAUGAGAAGCAAGAGUGGCUCCUGCAGAGCCUGUAUCCCUGCUGGAGACAGGGGCAUUUGCAGUGUCCUCCUGAGCAAGAGUCUCUUAUCCCCAGAAGGUCUCUGAACCCUGUCAAUACCAUUCUGAUUUUCCAUUCUGGCUUCCAGUGCUCUUUGGCAUCAACUGCAGCUGUUAGUGAGCAGCCUCUCUGCCCCAUCCCUGAGGUCCCCAGUGAAUCAGUGAAGGACACUGGCCCUCACAAACGGCCUGACAUGUGCCAUUGCCUCUACAUCCCCUCUGCUCCCAGCUGGCAACAGUGUCUGGGGCAGUGUCACCAGACAAGAUUUGUCUGUGGCAAGUUGGGGCUGGCUGCUCCUAUCUCCCCUCAGUGCCUCUGGUGCUGUCCUCAGCUGCUGGGCUUGAAGAAGCAAACCUGGCCUUGGUGCACAGGGGACACACGUGCAAGUGGCUCCCUGUGCCCUGUCUGGUGCCCUCCGGGCUGUGCAGUGGUGCUGUGCUCUGGCAGGGUGGGAAACCCUGCAGCCACCAGAAGUAGUGGACUGGCACAAGGUUGGGCAUGACUGUGGCUCACCACAUGUGACCUCACUGUGGUGGCCCUGCUCCUGCACCGCUGACACCUCUGUGGGCUCUGCCCCUGUGCCUGCAGCUCUGUUCCUGGCACAGCCAUGGAGACGGUGCCACUGGCAGAGCAGACCUGGAGUACACCAGUGCUGGGUGACACAGGACACAAGGGAGGCAGAUGAGCUGUGCCAUAUCCCCUGCUCCCAUGCGGCAGCAGCCCCAACAGCCUGCCCUGCCCCACACAGGGCCUCCCUAGUUUCUCGGGGGUUGUUUUCUUCCUACCCCGUCCUCCCAGCAUGCCAGUAGCCACACGGGCAGGACAUGCCGCCUAUCUGAUAGGAGCAGUCUCUCUUGGCACUGCGGCCGGCGGCAGAGGGACUGUGGCAUUGUGGUUUCAGGCACAGGGAAGUGCUGGUGAUGGGGCGGGGGGAGCCCCCAGCCAGGCUUCCUGAGCCGCACAGCCACCACUUCCCAGAUAAAGGGAUCGCCCAGAGGAGCUGCAGCAGCUCCCAGGACACUGGGAAGGGCCAAGUGCAGCACAUGUGGCUCCGGCACGCAGGUUGCAGGAUGGCAGCCUGCCUAUGCCAGGGCUGGCAGCUCUCACUGCUCCCUGCCGUCCUGCUCAGCCUCUGCAGCCCACCGUCAGCCCCUGAGCCAGUGACAUCCCAAGACGCUGCACUGCUAGCAGGCGUGUCCAAGGCCAUCCUCUGUUUCUCCCGCUCCUUCGAGGACCUCACCUGCUUCUGGGACGAGGAGGAGACAACAACUGGGAUGUGCCACUUCUACUACUGGUACAGCAGCGAUGUGCCCACAGAGUGCAUGGUCUCCACAUGGCACCAUGGGGCUGGCGGGAAGCGACACGUCUGCGUCUUCCCCAGCCAGGACGUGCGGCUCUUCACCGAGCUCCACCUCCGCGUCCUGAAUGCCACAAACCACACGAAGUACUCGCGGGAGCUCAGCGUGGAUGCAGUGGGUCUCAUUGCUCCCCCAGUGAACAUCACGGCCCGCUGGGCUGGGGCUGUGGGGCAGCUCUGCGUGUCGUGGCAGCCACCACUCACCGAUUUCCUGAACUUCUUCCUCUACGAGGUGUGGUGCUGCCCUGCCAGCUCCCCAGGGACGCCCUACAGCACCACAUCGAAUCCCAGUGGGCAGCACCCUGGAGACCCCUCCUUCCAGUCAACUGCCAGCACCCACACACCCAGGGCCGGGGCAGCAUCCCCAGGAGUGGGGCAGAGGCUGGUCCAGGCCAACACCUGGGUGGUGCUCCAGGACCUGCAGCCAGGGGUGAGGUACCAUAUCCAGGUGCGCAGCAAGCCUGAUGGUACCUCCAUGGACGGUGUCUGGGGACCCUGGUCACAGGCAGUGGCUGCAGAGACACCCCACUCCUCCGGAGACAUCGGGCUGUGCUGCAGUACCCCUGACCUGCGGCACGUGCGCUGCGAGUGGAGCUGGGACCCUGCAGAGCCCCACAGCUCCCACCAGCUCUUCUACCGGCCACCUCCAAGCAGGCCUGGAACAGGGGAAGAUGCAUGGCAACAGUGCGAGGAGGUGAGCAGGGGGGCACAGAGCACCCAUGCCUGCACCUUCCAGCCCAAGGCUGGCAGUGCCAUCUCUGUCCUGGUGAAUGUCACCCGGACCCACACAAUGCCCACACUCAGCUACUUCAAGGAACCCUUUUGGCUGCACCAGGCUGUGCUCACAGACGCCCCACAGCUUGUGCAGGCGACAGUGUCGCAGGGCCGGCUGAGCCUGCAGUGGCUGCCGCCCCUGGAGCUGCUGGCAGAGCAGCUGGACUACCAGGUCCGCUAUGCCACGGAGAACAGCCGUGACUGGAAGGUCCUGCAGGUUCCACGAGCAGCUAGGAAAGAAGUGCUGGACCUGCGGCCAGGCAGCCGCUACCAUGCCCAGGUGCGGGCCCAGCCCAGCGGGCCGUGGUACCAGGGCAGCUGGAGCGCCUGGUCCAAACCUGUUGUGGUUGAUGCCAUGGCUGAUGCAGGUAAGGGACAAGGCAGGGCUGGACGCUGCGACCAGAGGAGGCUACAGUUCCAGCGUUCCUCCUCCGAUGCAGGCUGGCUCAUCCCCAGUGUCACGGUGGUACCGCUGCUCUUCUCAGCAGUGCUCCUGGGGCUGCGGUGCACCUUCCCCUCCCUCUACAGCAACGUGAAGCAGAAACUCUGGCCGCCCCUUCCUGACCUGCAUCGUGCUCUGGGCAGCUUCCUCCAGGAGAGCAGCAAGCACGGCCAGGCCAGCGCCUUCGACAAGCUGCCGCCAGAAGAGGCCGUCGUGCCCUGUCUGCUGGAGGUGCUGCCCGGCCCACGGCGUGAGGCGGGCCCGCCGCCGGAGCACGCUGGGGGCCGCCUGUCCAGCACCGACAUCGCCAACCAGUCCUACCUGCUCAUGAGCGGCUGGGAGCCGCGGGCAGCCACGACCGCCCCCACCCCGCCAUAAACGCUUGUCCCCACUCAAGCACCCGCCUGGUCCCUCAUUCGC